GGGAAAAUCUAUUCUUGGGAGCGUUGAGGGAUAGGGCAGGUUUUGGGGCUCCAUUCUGGGUGCAAGAACCUGGAUGUGCAGCAGCCCAAAAUAUUUACUCCAGGUUGACAUUUUUACUCUUCAGUUUUAAUCCUGUGCUGGGCUGCUGAGAGGAGUGUGGACUUGCUCUGAUACACAUGGGGGGCAACAGCAGCUCAAAACUCGACCCGUUUGAGGCGAGCGAUGGAGAAGGACUUACAGUCGUGACGGGUAUUCGGUUGACAGAUCGAGUGAUUGACCGCAUGAAGGAGUCUCCUCAAGCGGUGAAUCAAUGCCCUCAGUCAAAAAGGCAAGCACAUCCACCUGUAGCUAAGCCUGCAGCCCCUCUGGGUCAGCCAUGGAUACCUGGUGAGCACUUGGGGCCAAUUUCGCCACGUCCUCCUUCUUAUGUUAGUUCUUUGGUACCACCACCUCUCCAAGAGCCUGUACCUCCUGCUGUGCCGCUUGGUUCUGUGACUCAGGAGACUCCGACACCUGGGGAUUCAUCUGCACCUACUGUGGAAGCGAUUCCACUACUCUCUCCUACUGAGCCUACAGCUCAGGAACAUAUAACAACACCUCCGCCUACUGAGCUUGUCUCUAUAGCUUCAUCUCCACCUACUGAAUUCUUAACAGGAGCAGCUUCUCGUUUUGAAGCUGUAGACAAAUUUCCAUCAGCCCCCAGUGAACAUUCUGAGCCUGUGAUCACAACCCCUCCAACUACUACUGAACCCCUAGCUGCAAGUACUCCUGCUGAACAAGGCGAGCUGCUCACCACCACCUCGUCUUCAGCUGAACCAGCCAGUGUAGCCAUACCUACAGUGGUUGAAACUGAAUCAUCACCGUCACCUGAUUCUCCACUAACUGUGCCAGUGUCCCUAGUUGAGGAGCCAGUCACAGUGGAAUCCUCAGAGAUUCCAUUAGACACUUUACCUGGACAUGAUGAACCCACUGAGAUGCAUAGGUCUCCACCUGGUGAGCCUGUCCCCUCACCCUCACCUCUUUCCAUUCCUAUGCCUUCUUCUGCUUCUCUAGUGCCCCCCCAGUCCUCUUCUGCUCUGGCUGUACCUUCUGAACUCCCCUCACUUGGGCAGCUGGGACCAUCUCCUACUGAGGAGACCCCAGCUCCACCAUCUUCUGCCAAUAUCGCAGAGUCUCCUGUUGCUUCAGGGCUGCCUCCCCUUACUGAAACAUUCAGCCCACUAACCUGUCUGCCCAAACCACAGGCUGCAGUUAAUGAGGAAGAACUGAGGAAGCAGAUCAGAGAUGAUUUGCAGAAACAGCUGCAAGAAGAGAUGAAGAUGGCAGAGCUGAAGAUUCAGCAACAGUUGGAGGAGGAGAAAGUAAAGGCUGAGGCAGAGGCUGAGGCCAAAGCUCAGCUGCAGAUCCAGGCAGAGGUUCAAAAGGUUCUAGAAAGAGAGCAAAUAGCCCUUCAGCAGUCUCUAAAAGAUGCUGUGAUGAAGGAGCGUAUGAAAACUGAGGAUGAGCGGCUUGUAUCCCAGUAUUAUUGGACGGAGAGGAAGAUCCAGAAGCUGGAGGAGAAAGAGAGAGACCUGGCAAAGCAGGAUUCGCUGUAUAAGGAGCAGAUUACCAAGCUGGAGGAGAAAACUGCGAUGUUCACCAGAGUCACAGCAGAAAGCUUCAAAAAGGGUUUGGAGGACACUCAUAACCGUUUCAAGAGGUACCAGAUAAAGCCAGUUUGCUCAGAGCUGCAGAGUGAGAUUUUGAAAUGUUACAAGGAUAAUACAGGCCAGACUCUGACUUGCUCCAACAUUGCCUCACUCUAUAUGCAGUGUGUGGACAACGCUAAACAGGUAUACCCCAGUUUUCCGCUCUGCUUUUUAAAGGGAUGGCUUGAGAGUGAUAUUUUCCCUUUGGCCUGCUUUUCCAUUUAUGCUAACACCUGAGUGCUUUAGAGUUCAGCAAAGAAUUCUAAUGAAGAGAUUGUUAUUUUUUUUUAGACUUUGGCACAAGACAGGCUCAGAUACAUCAGUGUGUGAGUGGGUUUACAAAAGGCAAAGAUAUUUGCUGAAAUUAUUCACAUUCUCUACCUCUUCUGUCUAUCAGAACAAGAAGGUGAGCACAGGUGGUUAAGCUUGCUCCCUGGAUCAACAUACUUCUUUCUGACAUUCAUAAACUCACGGUCUGGAGGAGAAGAGCAAUACAACCAAGUUGUUGCAGUUGUGUAAGACCACAUCCUUAGUCUAUCUGUUUCUUACUGCAGAGUGGUGUUGAGUGUGGUAUUCAGAUGUUAUCUGAUUUAGAAACACUACAAACUGUUUUCAUACAGAUGAUUCAAUAUAAUGUAAGUAAGGCACAUUGUUUUAACACACCACUCUGCGGAAAGGGUUUUUGGUUUUUGACACUAAAAGUACAUUUACAGUUCCAAAGAACAAAGAAACACUGUGCUAGUUCUCAUUUUCUGUUACAGCUGAAAGAACUGAGCUGGAAGCCUGUUUUUUAAAUUCUAAAGUUGUCUUGAGAUGGAAAAUGAAAUACCUUCAUUAAAGAGAGUCAAAAACCCA